UUUCGUAUGCCGGGCAUGUCCAAAUGCAAUGGUAGUUUAGUAGUUCUCCGCCUCUGACCCAGAGACUACCGCGGUUCUCGGCUUCAUCCGCGAGCGAGGGUCCAUCGAUGGUAACUUACGGCGGACUUGUUCUCGAUUGAACCUAUUCACCUCAAAGCUUCGAGCAUAUCCUUCUCCAUAUCUCACUAGGAUAUUCAUCCCCAAUAGACAAUUCAGGAGAGAGAAUCAUGAAGGUUGCAGUAACAGGAGCAUCUGGGGUCCUCGGCAGAGCCGUCACCAACCACUUUCAUAAUCAGUCCAUACCCACCUUGCCCCUCUCUUUCUCCCGUACAUCCCCUUCCGUCUUGUACCCAAACCUUCCCGCUCCGACCCCGCUGGACUUGCUGGACGAUCAGGCCGUCCGACAGUUCUUCACCUCGCUCCAAUCGGACCCCGAGAAGAAGAUCGACUUUCUCAUCCACUGUGCUGCGGAACGACGACCUGAUGUCGCCGAGGCCGACCCUGAACGGGCUGCAAAGCUGAACGAAGCGUCGACCCGGUUGCUCGCUGAGCUAGCUGCCGAACUGGAUUUCGGGCUGGUCUACAUCAGCACGGACUAUGUCUUUGACGGCAAGAAGCCGCCUUAUUCGAGCGGAGACGCUCCUAAUCCGUUGAACCUCUAUGGAAGGCUCAAGAGAGCCGGGGAAGAGGCCGUACUCGACGUUCGAGGGAAGGCUUCGGAACAGGCCAAGCCUUUGGUCGUGCUUCGUGUACCUCUCUUGUAUGGAGAGGUGGAGUACAACGGAGAGACGGCUGUCAACCUCUUCGUUGAUAUCCUCGAGGACCAGAGCGGCAAGAAGUACACCAUGGACCACUUCGCCGUUCGGUUCCCGACUUGCGUAGAGGAUGUCGCUCGGGUCAUCUACGACCUUACGCGUCUGGACAAGCGAGUCCCUGCGAUCGUCCACUACUCCUCUCAAAAGGGAUUGACCAAAUACGAACAACUGCUCAUUAUCGCUUCGCAUACCGGAGCGUCCACUUCGCACGUCGUCCCCGACGCCGAGGAUCCGGCGAGCAAGCCUAAUCCGUCUGGGGUCGUCAGGCCAGGAAACACGCAACUCAGUGUAGAAGAGCUCAAGGAUCUCGGCGUCGAUGUCGAGGAGACUGUCAGUGGAGGUUUCGAUGCUUGGUGGAAGCAAUGGGCUGGGAAGAAGCAGGGUAGCAGCUCUUGAGGAGCUUGGCAAAGGGAAUCCCACGAAUGCCGCACGUAUAUUCGUCGAUCAUACAUGGUCGAGAAUCUUUCUAUAGACUGCUUGCUACCAUAGAGUUUGUAGCAACAUCGUCAAAUCUUGAAUGAAACCGAUCCAUGCAAUCGUCAGGUUGCAGGUUGAAAUCGCCGGUGUUCUCACGCGGACCGGG